AUGGGGUCAUUGGAGGCUUCAGAUUGGGCAUGGCUUCCGAAGCACUUAUUGGGUAUGAUUGUCGACAACUUGGUUUCUCUUUCCGAUUGUGUUCGCUUUGGCGCAGUCUGCAAAUCAUGGCUCUUGGUGGCAAUGGAGAACAAAGUUAAGUUCGUUCAAAAUAAAUGUGUUCCAUUCUUGCUGGUACCUACUAAAAAUGACGAUAGUAAAGAUGAUGAAUGUGAAGAAAUACGUAGUUUAUACAGCAUUACCCACAAUAAGGUAUAUAAUUUUCAGUUACAAGUACCUUACAAUAAGAAGCUUUUUGGUUCUUCACAUGGUUGGUUGUUUACUGUUGAAGAAUCUUUUGCCUUAACCCUAAUCAACCAGUUCUCGGGAGCUAUUGUUGAGCUUCCUCCAAUUAUGGACUCUUCAGAAUUCCAUGCUUAUGAUCUCCUGAGCGUGAUCUAUGGUGGUCUGAGAACACUGACAUUCAUUGUGCCUGGAGAUAAAGCUUGGACUUUCAUAGAUAAGAAAUUUACCCUUAUUAGGGAUGUCAUAUAUUAUAAAGGCCAGAUUUUUGCAGUUGAUUAUCGGAAUGGAAUCAUAAUGGUUGAUCUUAAUAGAAGGGAUGGGGAGACUAAGGUUCCCCAAGUGAAGCAAUCUGAGAAGGAUAUGGCUAAGUGGGUUAAAGUGAAAAGUUUGGGCGGAGACACCUUGUUUUUGGGAGAUAACCAUUCAAUUUGUGUUUCAUCUUCUAAAUGGUGUGGUUGCCAGCCAAAUUCCAUAUACUACACAGAUGAUUAUAUUGAACUUUUUCUCCCUUGCCAUAUGUACGCCGUGACAUUGUAUACGGUGUUACUAUCAUCUGCAUUAGUUUACAACAGAGAUAAGUUUAUCAGCAUGUAUUUAUGUGCGGGUGCGGUGGUGGUGAUGAUGACGCAAAAUGGUGGUGGUAUUGGGGCGGGGCACUGA